AUGGUUCAUACUGCAGAAUUCACAAAACCUCGCGAGACCCAAGUCUCUAGCAUCCUUCAAGGAGCUUACCACCACCCACUUUCCCGUGAGUGGCAAGCCGAACGCCAGCUCCUGAAGAAUAUGUUCAUUUAUCCCCUUUUUGUCAGUGACACCGAAGACGAAGAAGCCAGUAUCGAUUCGUUACCUAAUCAAAAGCGUUGGGGGUUAAAGAAACUUAUCCCAUUUGUGGCAACUUUGGUGGCCAAAGGAUUGCGUAGUGUGAUCUUAUUUGGGGUGCCGAUGUCCCAACCAAAGGACGAAGUGGGGACUUUGGCCGAUGAUCCUAAUGGACCGGUGAUCCAGGCGAUCAAACUUCUUAAAGAAAACUUCCCGGAGCUUUACAUCGUUUGUGACGUGUGUCUUUGUGAAUACACUUCGCAUGGCCAUUGUGGGGUGUUAUUGGAAGACGGAACCCUCAAUCGUGAACGCUCGGUGCAAAGAAUUGCUAAAGUCGCCGAGAAUUACGCCCGUGCUGGGGCCCAUUGCUUGGCUCCCAGUGAUAUGAUGGACGGUAGAAUCUUGGAGAUCAAACAAGCGUUGAUUGAUGCCCAACUUGCCCAUAAAGUGAUGUUGAUGUCGUACUCUGCGAAAUUUAGCGGCAAUCUCUACGGCCCAUUCAGAGACGCUGCGGGAUCAUGUCCAUCAUUUGGGGAUAGAAGAGCUUAUCAAUUGCCACCGGUCGGAGGAGGGUUGGCUAAACGUGCAUUGAUUAGAGAUUUGAACGAAGGGGCCGAUGCGGUGAUUGUUAAACCAUCGACGUUUUAUUUGGACGUGAUGAAGAGUGCGGCUGAGAUUUGUGAAAACAUCCCGGUGGUGGCGUACCAUGUCAGUGGGGAAUUUGCAAUGUUGCACGCUGCUGCUGAAAAGAAUAUUGUUGAUUUGAAGGACAUUGCGUUUGAAUCGCACAAUGGGUUUUUGAGAGCCGGGGCCAAAUUGAUCAUUUCGUAUUUUACUCCAGAGUUUUUGGAUUGGUUAUAG